AAGAUUCCUUGGACAAGUGUCCUGCCUUCCCCUCGUGCUGUCUUCACCUUUCCUUGGGCAGAAAGCCCCUGAGCGAGGAUCUUGUGGAGACAGCCCAUGGAAGACUGGCCACAGCCUCAUUUCAGGACAUCCUGAGGAGAAACUUCUUCCAGAAGCCCCACUGCUUGUGUCCUCCAUCAUCUGGUGGCGUCUGGCACGGACCUGGGGAGGUUCAGCUGCUGCCAAGGACCUGCUGUGUGCUGCUGGCAACCAUCGGGGUGUCUGGGGAAGCAGCUCCUGCACCAGCAAUGGACAUGCUGGACCACAGUUGUGCCAUACUCUGUUGAACAUCUGCUGUACUGCACUCCAGAUACGGCUGUGUUUCACAGACAGGGCCAAGAGACUUCACCAAGUGAAGGGAAGCCAUCAAAUUCACACUGUUUUCACCUGAGACCACCUGCAAAACAAAGAGCCUGACUUCUCUCCUGGCUUUGCACACUGGAAUGGACCUUGAAGCCGGUGACUUCUCAAUGCAAGGAUGAAGUGAAUUUAGAGCUAAAAACGAGGCAAGAAACCAGGCCUUGAAAUCUCCGAAAGGUAGGAGAGACUUCAGACUGCAAUGGGCAGUUACUGGCAUUGCUGUAGAGGCCUCCUGAACGACGUGUUGGAAAAGGAAGUGCACAGGACAGUCUUUCUGCACUGUGAAACUAUUUGAGACCCCCAUGCAAAGCUGUGCUCUGUGCUGACUCCCAGGCUCCUCAGACAUGGCCGAGGAAAAUGCACCUGAAAGAACUAUAUGCACUGACGCAGCCUCAGGAAAACCCACAAUGGCUGCCAAGCGCAAAGGCGGCCUGAAGCUAAAUGCCAUCUGUGCCAAGCUGAGCCGCCAGGUCGUCUUCGACCACGGGGGAGCCGAGGCACGGGCGGACAAGGGCCCGCAGCGGGAGAGCAGCAACAAGGACCUGCCUCAGCCCGGGACCAAGGAGCUGGGGUCGGAGUUCUCAGAUGGACUCAGCCGCGUGCAGAAGAUCGAGGAGGACAAAAGGAGGGAGGUGAUUGAGAAGUGGGUGAAUGGGGAAUACAACGAGGAGCCCUUGCUGGGGCGAGUGGAGGGCAAGGAAUGUAAGGAGAGCGCGGAGGUGCCCCCCGAAGGGGUUUACAUGGUGCAGCCCAAGGGCUGCAGCGACGAGGAAGAUAACGGGGAUGAGGCGGAUGCUCUGAGGAGCUCGCAGGAUGGCAACUUCUUGGAUGACAGGGAUUCAGAUGGGCCAGCCUUGAAGGACGAUGCCUACCGGUCCUCCAGUGGCGAGACGGGCUCCAAGCUGGGAGGAGGAACUGCCUCAGGGGAAGCUUCAUCGCUGCGAGAUUAUGCGGCCACCACCAUGAAUGAGUUCCUGGGCAUGUUUGGCUAUGAUGACCAGAACAUGAGGGAUGAGCUGGCUCGCAAGAUCAGCUUUGACAAGCUGAAUGCUGCUACCUCAGAGGCCCCUGCGACUGCUGCCUCUCUCCCUGGUGAAGAUGCCAUGAGCAAACGGGCCCGCUUCUCCAAGUAUGAGGAGUACAUCCGCAAACUGAAAGCUGGAGAGCAGCUCUCUUGGCCCAUGCACUUGGCCAAAUCUGAGGAGUUGGGCUCCAAGCUGGGCAAAGAAACUUCCUCAGUGCUGGCACAGCCCAUUCGGGUGCCAGGUGCAGAUGCCUCCAUGCUGACGGAGACCAAAGCCACCAUCCUGCCGCUGCCCUCUCCCAGCAGUUCCCAGAUGCAGGGCCUCAUGUCACGGGCCUCCAAAUAUGACUUCUUCAUUCAGAAGCUGAAGACAGGUGAGAGCAUCAGGCCACAAAAUGGCAACACUUACAAGAAGGCCUCCAAGUAUGACCUAGAAAACGUCAAGUACUUGCACCUUUUCAAGCCUGGAGAAGGAAGCCCAGAUAUGGGAGGAGCCAUCGCCUUCAAGACAGGCAAGGUAGGCCGGCCUUCCAAGUAUGAUGUGAGGAACAUUCAGAAGCUCACUCCAGUAAAAGCUCCAACACCCAGCCUGGCUCCUGCUCCCCUCGCCAGUACCCCCAGCAGCACUCCUGUGGCUGGACCAGAGCAGUCCGUCUCAUUGUCAUUCAACACUCCUGAGUACCUGAAGUCAACCUUCUCCAAGACAGACUCCAUCACAACUGGAACAGUCUCUACAGUAAAGAAUGGAUUACCCACUGACAAACCAGCUGUCAGCGAAGAUGUAAACAUUUACCAGAAGUAUAUUGCCAGGUUCUCUGGCAGUCAGCACUGUGGACACAUACACUGUGCAUACCAGUAUAGAGAACAUUACCACUGCCUUGACCCUGAGUGCAACUACCAGAGAUUCACUAGUAAACAGGAUGUGAUUCGGCAUUACAACAUGCACAAGAAACGAGAUAAUUCCCUCCAGCACGGCUUCAUGCGCUUCAGCCCCUUGGAUGACUGUAGCGUGUACUAUCAUGGCUGCCACCUGAAUGGGAAAAGCACACACUACCACUGCAUGCAGGUGGGUUGUAACAAGGUCUACACAAGCACCUCAGACGUGAUGACCCAUGAGAACUUUCACAAGAAGAACACACAGCUCAUCAACGACGGGUUCCAGCGGUUCCGUGCCACAGAGGACUGCGGCACUGUGGAAUGCCAGUUCUACGGGCAGAAAACCACUCACUUUCACUGCAGGCGACCUGGGUGUACAUUCACCUUCAAGAACAAGUGUGACAUUGAGAAGCACAAGAGCUACCACAUCAAAGAUGAUGCCUAUGCCAAGGAUGGCUUCAAGAAAUUCUACAAAUACGAGGAAUGCAAGUAUGAGGGCUGUGUCUACAGCAAGGCUACCAACCACUUCCACUGCAUAAGGGCAGGCUGUGGCUUCACCUUCACUUCCACCAGCCAGAUGACCUCCCAUAAACGCAAACAUGAGCGCCGGCACAUCCGGAGCUCAGGAGUGCUGGGCCUGCCUACCUCCCUCCUGGGGUCCAAGGAUAAUGAGCAAGAGGAGUCCAGUAAUGAUGACCUUAUUGACUUCUCCGCUAUGAGCUCGAAGAACUCCAGCCUGAGUGCCUCCCCCACCAGUCAACAGUCUUCCGUUUCUCUCAUAGUCCCAGCUGCACCUUCCUCUGCUGCUGAGCUCGCUUCCUCACAGGCCAGCAAGUCUGCCAACAGCAUGACACCAGCCACCAAGAUCUCUGGCCUGCUCUCUCAGGCUCUUCCCAGCAGUAUACCCUUGGCCCUGGCACUCUCCAACUCAGCACUUCCUGGAACAGCUGGAUCCUUCUUCCCCAUCAUCCCCAGUCGGGUCUCUACACCACUUCCUGCCAGCUCAGCUAAUCUGAUGACUGCUGGUUCUUCUGGCACCAAUCCAACAUCAUCUGCUUCUACAGAUUCCUCAUCCCAGGCCAUAUCAGGAUCUGGUGAGCCAGCAGCUACUUCUUCAGCUCCAGCAGCAUCUAUAAUGGAAAGGAUCUCUGCUAGCAAGGGAUUAAUCUCUCCUAUGAUGGCCAGGCUGGCAGCGGCUGCACUCAAGCCCUCUGUGGCACUUGAAGCAGGGAAUGGACAACCAGCAGCUCCCGGACGGUUCAAUCCAGUUCAGGUGAAGCAGGAACCUGUGGAGGCCAUGGGAUCAUCGUCUGCCACUAGUCAGGAGUCUUUGCAGGAGCACAGUUUGGACCUGAGUGUCAAGGAUCACGGUAAUGAAUCAAAUGGCCACACAGUCUCGGCAAAUUCAUCUCUUUUAUCCUCGCUUAUGAAUAAGAUGUCCAAGACCAGUGCCAGCCUUGGCAACCUGCUGAACAUUAAGACAGAAGGAGAUGGCAGCCAGGCUGGGGCUGGAGAGCCAACACAGUACUUGGGCAAGGCAGUGAAGGCACUUGUCCAGGAGAAGCUCUCCGAGCCAUGGAAGAUGUACCUGCGCCGGUUUGGUACCAAGGACUUCUGCGAUGCACAGUGCGACUUCCUCCAUAAGGUGCACUUCCAUUGCGUGGUGGAGGAAUGUGGGGCCCUCUUCAGCACCCUGGAUGGAGCCAUCAAACACGCCAAUUUUCACUUCCGAACUGAGGGUGGAACUGUGAAAAGUAACUCCGAGUCUCCCUUCUCAGCCACUGCUGAGAAUAAGCCUUCACUGGCCCCUUCAUCACCAUCUGCUACUUCUGUCACCAUGGCAAGCGCUCCAGCCCUCGAUGUGCCCACUCCAAGUCCAACCACCGUGCCCUCUGCCCCCACACUGCUAGCUUGGAAGCAGCUGGCUUCAACUAUACCCCAGAUGCCUCAGAUCCCAGCAUCAGUGCCUAACCUGGCAACUUCACCCUUGGCAACGACUUCCCUGGAGAACGCCAAGCCUCAGGUCAAACCCGGAUUUCUCCAGUUCCAGGAGAAUGAUCCCUGCCUGGCAACGGACUGCAAGUACGCCAACAAAUUCCACUUCCACUGUCUCUUUGGGAACUGCAAGUACGUGUGCAAAACCUCGGGCAAAGCAGAAUCCCACUGCCUGGACCACAUCAACCCCAACAAUAAUCUGGUGAAUGUGCGAGACCAGUUUGCUUACUAUUCACUGCAGUGUCUCUGUCCAAACCAGCACUGUGAAUUCAGGAUGCGAGGGCAUUACCACUGUCUUCGUCCUGGCUGCUACUUCGUGACUAACAUCACCACCAAGCUGCCCUGGCAUGUGAAAAAACAUGAGAAGGCAGAGAGAAGGGCAGCCAAUGGCUUCAAGUAUUUUACCAAACGAGAGGAGUGUGGCAGACUGGGUUGCAAAUACAACCAGGUGAACAGCCACUUCCACUGCAUUCGUGAAGGCUGCCAGUUCUCCUUCCUGCUCAAGCACCAAAUGACAUCCCACGCCAGAAAGCACAUGAGAAGGAUGCUGGGGAAGAACUUUGAUCGUGUUCCUACUCAGGUUAUUGGCCACACUCCAAGAAGUGAAAAUCUCCCCCAGGUUGGCAGCAUGGCACCCAGCCCAGCCUCGUCAGGAACCCCAGCUUCCUUUCAGGGACCCCCAAGCAUGAUGGACACUGAAACAGAUGAGUACAUGGAUUACACUGGCUGCAGCCCUGGGGGUAUUUCCUCUGAAUCUUCCAAUAUGGACCGCAGCUGCUCCAGCACUCCAGUGGGCAACGAAAGUACAUCAGCAGGCUGCCUGGUUCCUUCUACUGCUACUGCUGCUGCCGAUGAUGGUACCCAUACUGCACCACAACCUCAACCACCAUCUCUGCCUCCAUCUUUCUCACAAGCCCUGCUUAGGUCUCCCCUUCCCACCCUCCCCUAUCUCUUCUCUCCAUCUUGUCUCUCAUACUCUCUGCUCAGUGCCACUCUUGGAUCCAGCAGAGGCAUUGUCAUGCCUACCGCCAGCACCACUGGGUUUUCGCCCAUCAUUGCCACUCCAACUCCAGUAAAAAGUGACGUUCCCUUAGUUCAGGAUGCAGCAGGGAAUACCAUCACUAUGCCAACUGCCUCAGGGGCCAAAAAGCGUUUCUGGAUCAUUGAGGACAUGUCCCCAUUUGGCAAGCGCCGCAAGACUGCAUCCUCCCGCAAGAUGCUGGACGAAGGGAUGAUGCUGGAGGGCUUUCGGCGCUAUGACCUCUACGAGGACUGCAAGGACUCCAGCUGCCAAUUCUCUCUCAAGGUUACCCACUACCACUGCACGCGGGAGAAUUGUGGCUACAAGUUCUGUGGCCGUACCCACAUGUACAAGCACGCCCAGCAUCACGAUCGUGUUGACAACCUGGUAUUGGAUGAUUUCAAACGCUUCAAGUCUUCACUGAGUUGCAACUUCCCAGACUGUCAGUUCUCUGGCAAUAGCACACACUUCCACUGUCUGCGCUGUGGCUUCCGCUGCACUGACAGCACUAAGGUGACAGCCCACCGUAAGCACCACGGCAAGCAGGACGUCAUCAGUGCUGCUGGCUUCUGCCAGUUCAGCUCCAGUGUGGACUGCGAGGUGCCUGACUGCAAGUACAAACUCAAGUGCUCCCACUUCCACUGCACCUACCCUGGCUGCAAACACACAGUGGUGGGCAUGUCACAGAUGGACUCGCACAAGCGCAAACAUGAGAAGCAGGAGCGAGGGGAGCUUCCUGCCAUCUCUCCUGGCCCCGAGGGCCUUGCCCACUCCACUCUUGAGUACGACAUCCAGAACUCUUCCAUCAACCUGGACAGCUCCCUCAACCUCAGCACUGACAACAACAGCUCCCUCUUCUUCCUGCAGAACGCAGCUGGUGUGGGCCUCAAUGAUUCCCUGGACCUCAGCAAGAAGCAGUCAGAAGUCACUGAAGGUCCAUCACCGAGCCGAGCCGGGGCUGCACCUCAGGAGAGGGGGGCAGUGGCAUCUGGCUCCGGUGAUGUGGAGGACGAGGAUGACUCUUCCCAAGAGGAUGAAGAGGAUGAUGAGGAAGAAAUGAAUGAAGAAGAGGAGGAUGAUGAAGAGGAUGAUGAUGAUGAUGAUGAUGAAGAUGAUGAUGAAGAGGAAGACCUGAACACAGAUUCUGAGGAAUCGCUGCCUGACCCUGAGGGCCUGGCCACUAAAGAAGAUGGAGAACCAGAGGAGGCUGCUUCUUCCACAGAUCAGGGCGAUGCUUCCAGGCCACAGGGCGAGGAAGCCCUUACUCCAGCUCCAACUCCUGCUCCAGCUCCAGCUGCUGCCCCAGCCUCUACUGUUGCUCCAGCAGCUUCUCCUUAAUCUUAGAGACAAGGGUGGCAGUGGUUUGGUUUUGCUCUUACACAGAAUUACUAAGAGGACCCCAUAUGAGGCAAGAACAAAGAUUGGGAUGGCAAGUGGAAAACAAACUCCGUGCCACACACACAAGAGAGAGAGGAAGGAAGGAAACCCACGCUCCUCCUCAGGCCCCGUAAGAGACAGGCUGGCAGCAGGACUGGUGCUGCAUCCCUUCAUUCUGCAAUCAGAGAACAUGGGGGCAGGAAGCAGCAUGAACCUCCCUUCUACAUGGACAUGAACCUUGAGGGUACCAGCUGCUUUUCCUUGCUCCCUGCAUGGUGCGUGGGGCCUGUGCCCAUCUGGGGACCCUUUGUUAUGGGUGGGGCUCUAUCCCCCCAUGUUUCUUUCCGGGUUUUGUUUUUCCAUGUUUUCAGUUGUACGAUAUUAAUAAUAAUCUCCACUUCUUGGAGGGGGGUGGGUGGGAACAACAGGUAAUGAAUUUUAGAACUAUAUAUUUGUGUGUGUGUCUCUCUGUAUAACGUACACACACACACACAUAUAUAACACGCAAGGAAUUGGUGUCACAAGGACAAGUAGCUCAGCUUUGCGGGUGGGAAGGAGGGGUAAGGGGUGUUUGCUCUCUCUCUCUCUCCACCCCUCCCCCCUUCUUUCUCCAGCAUUAAAUGAAUGGCAUCAGGCAGCAAGGGUGGGAGCGGGUAUUUAUUGUCACAUAAAUGAGGACGCAUUAAUGAGUGAGCAGGGGUGGGAAUGGGACACUCCUCUGUUCUUCCAGAUCCUUUUUACUAUUAAUGAUAAUAAUUUUGAAUGCUAUUUAUAUUGUAAAACUUUUCUCAGUCUACACUUACUUUCUCUGUAGGACACCUCUCCUCAUCCCUGCUGUUCUGCCUGUAGGGAAUCUAGCUGAAGUAACUUGGGAAGAGCACAGCAGGCGGUUAAGGGGUCUGUCACACUGGAGGACUGGGGUUAAUCUCAAUCCAGUUCCAUCUCAUCCCAACUCCCAGGAGCUUCCUCUCUGUUGAGGGUGAGGCGUUUUUGUGGUGCUUCAGUAUCCCCAUCUCAGGAGGCUGUGAGCUGACACUGUCCCACAGUGCAGCACAGGGAGCACCCUGCUCACAGAAGAGCAUCCUAAGCCGUUAAAGCAGCCUUGAAAACUACUUGCUCUCUGACCAAGCAGCUGUGCAGUGACAGGUAUGUCCCCGGUCCCCAAGCCCUCGUCCCCAGCCUUCCACCAUGGAUGGGCAAGCCUGUCG